CGGGCAGCCAGGACCCAUGGCUAAUGCCAGGCACUGCCGAGUGGGCCGAUGCUCGCCAUUAAACCUUUAGAUGACGCAAUCAAAUUGAUUGUGGCGUGCUGAUCGGGACUAUCAUGACAGAAUCGAUAAUCUUCUACGAGGACCGAAACUUCCAGGGUCGCUCCUACGAGUGCAACUCUGAUUCCUCUGAUCUGUCUUCAUACUUUAAUCAUUGUAAUUCUAUCCGGGUGGAGAAUGGAAACUGGAUCCUGUAUGAACAUCCUAACUAUAGAGGAAACCAGUAUUUCCUUAGAAAAGGAGAAUAUCCUGACUUCCAACAAUGGAUGGGUUACAAUGACUCCAUCAGAUCCUGUCGUUUAACCCCACAGCAUCGAGGACCAUUCAGGCUGAAGGUGUAUGAAAGGGAAGAUUACAAAGGUCAGAUGAUGGAGUUCACUGAAGACUGUCCUCAUGUCCAUGAGCAAUUCCGCUACAAUGACAUCAACUCCUGCCAAGUGCAUGAUGGAUACUGGAUGUUCUAUGAGGAGCCCAACUAUAAAGGACGUCAGUAUUACCUGAAGCCUGGAGAGUACAGGAGAUACAGUGACUGGGGAGCAUCUAAUCCAAAAAUUGGUUCUUUCAGACGAGUCCAGAAUCUGUAUUAA